UAAAGACAAUGGGGCUAACGUAGUCACUUGGAAAUCAGCAUGUUAAAUUGUCUCUGUGGAAGUUAAGGUGCCAGGAAUGAUCAGUAGGAAUAGUGGUGGAUCCAGGUGGUGAAAUCAGUGAAUCAACGGAGUGACCAGGAAGGUGACAGCAAUGAGAGCGCUAUCAGUAGGAACAUCCGAGCACUUUUUUUUUUUUUUUUUUUUUGAGACGAAGUCUAGCUCUGUUGCCCAGGCUGGAGUGCAGUGGUGCAAUCUCGGCUCACUGCAACCUCCGCCUCCCAGGUUCAAGCGAUUCUUCUGCCUCAGCCUCCUCAGUAACUGGGAUUACAGGCAUGCGCUACCACACCUGGCUUUUUGUAUUUUUUUUUAGUAGAGACUGGGUUUCACCAUGUUGGGCGGGCUGAUCUCAAACUCCUGACCUCGUUAUCCGCCCGCCUAAGCCUCCCAAAGUGCUGGGAUUACAGGCGUGAGCCACCAUGCCCGGCCCCAAGGACAGCUCUUUAAGGAAGAGAAAGAGGUUUGGGUAGAUACGAACAUCAGUAACCCAAGAAGAUUAGUAUGGAAGGAGCCAACCACAUACCGGCUUUUGGAGUUACGGUGCCUAAGGAUGAUCUAAAAGAUUUUCCCCAACAGCUUGCCCCAUGCUAAGCAGUCUUGCAGCUGUGCUGGUAUUGGGGGUGCUGAGUAAACCAGGGGAUGAGGGACUGGAGAGGCUUCAAAUGAAGCUUGCGUGGCCACACUGCAGGUGUGCUGGUUUUAAGGGAACACGAUGAGCCUGCUUUUGAGUAUGUUGUUCCCUUUUUUCACUUGUCUUAGGUUUGAACUUAAUUAUUAACAUGCUUAUUUUGCAUCUUCAUAAAUAUGUUGAAAUUUGAGGGGAACUCAUAAACAUUUGCACCUAUUUAUAAGACUUUUUCUCAACUGAUUAGUCUCACAAAUAUCAACUUUGUUCUGCCAAAUAGGUGAGCAUUUUCAGUCAUUUGUGAUCUUUCACAAAAUGAAAACUGCUGGAAAGUAAAUAUUUUCCUUCCCACUUCCAAGGUAAUCCGGUGGGAUGGUGAGGAAGAGAGAAGUUGCCAUGUUACCAGAUAGUGGAAAAUAUUUUGUUGAAUAAUAUACAGAACUAAGUCUGGUACCAUGUCAUCUCAUAUAGGAAUGGAUGCUGAAAUGAGACAGACUAUUUCUAUGAAACUGUCAUAAUGAUACUCUCUGAAAAGCCUCCCACGCUUCCUUUUUUCCAAUAAAAAAUAAGCAGUAUUUGAGUACUGAAACCUUUAUUCCCAUUUUACUGGAAACAAAGAACAUGAACAAUUUACUAGUCAGAAAAAAAGUGUUUUAUAACCCGAAACAAAUAUUUGCCAAGAGCUGUAAAUUGCUUAAAUCGCUUAAACUGGAGAUUUCAGUGAGAUUUUUAGCAGUAGAUUACUAAGCUCCUUAGUUAUAGAACAUUCAAGGCAUAGGAAAGUGUUUUUCCUACAAAGCAUAACUGAAAUGUAGUUUAACUAAUGGUUUACAAUUCAGUCAAAUACCAAAGCUGCAAACCAUUUAGGGAGUCAUCAAUUACAUAUUUUGUACACUUUCAAAAAGCUUACAGCUGAGAUGGGUUGUUUAUUUUCAAAGCAUGACUGCUUUAAAAUGAUCACAUUCAUUAGCCUGCCACCUAGGAAGCAUUAAGCAUUUACUUGCAGAAUGAACAAACGAGCACGUUGUCUUGUGUUAUGAAGUAUAUAAUAUAGUUCGUUUUAGUUUCUUCAUUCGCAGACUAUCAGGCUCAUUUCACGUGACUGCUUGCACUUAAAACUGAGUUAUCACGGAGUAGGAACUCUCCAACAACGUCGUCAUAGACCAAGAGAUGCCCAUGAACAGCCAUGAAAGUGCCAGUCAGGGAAGUAUUCAGUGCUUUGUUGUAGAGUUGUUGGAUAGAGGCACAGGAUCAUUUCAUGUUGUUGAGGAGAAAGGAGCAACAGCCUCCUCCCACCUUAUUAAAAAUAGAGAUUUAAAAAAAUCUCUAAUUUCCUCGAAGUACAGAAUCUCAAGAGGUAGCUCUAAGGAGAAUCCCUCCGGGUUUUGAGCGCGUUCCUCUUCCAGGGGGGCCUAUUCUUGGACUGCUUUCCUUAAUAGAGAAAUCUCUCUGAGCCAAAAUCGGCCUCCCCCAACUCCAUCCUGUCGGCCCCACUUUUCUGCUCCGGAGACUUCCAGGCCAGUCCCCACUCCUCCUUCAGCCAGUCGGGCCCCGCACCCGCGCCCGACAGGGCCAGCCCUCUCCUCCUCCUGUGUGGCGCAGCACAGGCCCUGAGCGCGCGACCCCAGGCCCUGGGCGCCCCGCCGCAUGCUCGCGGCUGGAAGCCCCAGUUUGCGUGGCCCUUUGGGUUAUUCCGCUAAAGAGCCGCCGCGUCGCCCCAUCUCGGCGCGAAUCUGAAAGCGUUUUCGGGGGAGAAGAUGUUGGGGGCACUGGUGAGUACACUGCACAAGUGACAAAAUGUUUUCAGCUCCUGGAGGCGAAGAGUGGAGAGUCGCUCUGUGUCCGUGAGGCCGGGCGGCGACCUCGCUCAGUCGGCUUCUCGGUCCGAGUCCCCGGAUACGAGGAAAGACCACAGGGGGCUUCUCACGGAAAAGCGGGCCCCGGACACUGCGCGGGCUGGCUGGGGCGGGCGGAUGACGAGGCGCAGGGGCAUGGGUGGGUCUGCGAGGCGGCGGGUCCGGGCGUCUCAGGCUCUGGGGCUCCCUCGCUGGCGGCGGCGCAGGGAUGGCGCGCCCGGAGGUCUGGAUGCUGGUAGCCGGCUUCCUGCUGGCGCUGCCGCCGGGCUGGGCCGCGGGCGCCCCGAGGGCGGGCAGGCGCCCGGCGCGGCCGCGGGGCUGCGCGGACCGGCCGGAGGAGCUACUGGAGCAGCUGUACGGGCGCCUGGCGGCCGGCGUGCUCAGCGCCUUCCACCACACGCUGCAGCUGGGGCCGCGUGAGCAGGCGCGCAACGCGAGCUGCCCGGCAGGGGGCAGGCCCGCCGACCGCCGCUUCCGGCCGCCCACCAACCUGCGCAGCGUGUCGCCCUGGGCCUACAGAAUCUCCUACGACCCGGCGAGGUACCCCAGGUACCUGCCUGAAGCCUACUGCCUGUGCCGGGGCUGCCUGACCGGGCUGUUCGGCGAGGAGGACGUGCGCUUCCGCAGCGCCCCUGUCUACAUGCCCACCGUCGUCCUGCGCCGCACCCCUGCCUGCGCCGGCGGCCGUUCCGUCUACACCGAGGCCUACGUCACCAUCCCCGUGGGCUGCACCUGCGUCCCCGAGCCGGAGAAGGACGCAGACAGCAUCAACUCCAGCAUCGACAAACAGGGCGCCAAGCUCCUGCUGGGCCCCAACGACGCGCCCGCUGGCCCCUGAGGCCGGUCCUGCCCCGGGAGGUCUCCCCGGCCCGCGUCCCGAGGCGCCUAAGCUGGAGCCGCCUGGAGGGCUCGGUCGGCGACCUCUGAAGAGAGCGCACCGAGCAAACUAACUGCCGGAGCACCAGCGCCGCCUUUCCAUGGAGACUCGUAAGCAGCUUCAUCUGACACGGGCAUCCCUGGCUUGCUUUUAGCUACAAGCAAGCAGCGUGGCUGGAAGCCGAUGGGAAACGACCCGGCACGGGCAUCGUGUGUGCGGCCCGCAUGGAGGGUUCGGAAAAGUUCACGGAGGCUCCCGGAGAUCGGCUGCUGCGGGUGCAGGGCGUGACUCACCGCUGGGUGCUUGCCAAAGAGAUAGGGACGCAUAUGCUUUUUAAAGCAAUCUAAAAAUAAUAAUAAGUAGAGCGACUAUAUACCUACUUUUAAAAUCAACUUUUGAAUAGAGGCAGAGCUAUUUUAUAUUAUCAAAUUAGAGCUACUCUAUUAACAUUUCUUAACAUAUAAACAUUGUUUUUUACUUCUUCUGGUAGGAUUUUUUUAAAGCAUGAUUGGAAUCCUUGGAUAAAUUUUUUAGCUGGCACACUCUGGCCUGGGUCUCUGAAUUCAGCCUGUCACCGAUGGCUGACUGAUGAAAUGGACUCGUCUGAUCUGACCCACUCUUCCUUCCACUGAAGGUCUUCAUGGGCCUCCAGGUGGACCAAAGGGAUGCACAGGCGGCUCGCAUGCCCCAGGGCCAGCUACGAGUUCCAAAGAUCUCAGAUUUGGUUUUAGUCAUGAGUACAUAAACAGUCUCAAACUCGUACAAUUUUUUUGUCCCCUUUUGAAAGCCACUGGGGCCAAUUUGUGGUUAAGAGGUGGUGAGAUAAGAAGUGGAACGUGACAUCUUUGCCAGUUGUCAAGAAGAAUCCAAGCAGGUAUUGGCUUAGUUGUAAGGGCUUUAGGAUCAGGCUGAAUAUGAGGACAAAAGUGGCCCACGUUAAAAUCUGCAGAGAUCAAUCUGGAGGCUUCUGUUUCUACAUUCUGCCACGAGAGCUAGGUCCUUGCUCUUUUCUUUAGAUUGAAAGUCUGUCUCUGAACACAAUUAUUUGUAAAAGUUAGUUAGAAGUUCUUUUUAAAUCAUUAAAAGAGGCUUGCUGAAGGAUA